UGUUGAAUUCUAGAGGUGGGAGCAGGCCUUGCAAAAACCCUUGGGCCAUUGCCUCUCUUUUCUUCCUGUAGGUCUCAACACCCUCCCUCCAAAUUAUCCUACGGCGCCUCGGACUGCCGUCUGACACCAUUCUUGAUUCUUCUCAACAAUGCUUAGUCCAAGAAAUUUGUUGUUCAAGUCCAAAAUUUCAAAGAGAAAACACACCAGAAAGCCAAAAAUAACUAAUAAGAAACAGAAAUUUGAAUCCAAGAAUCAGGAAGCAGUCCUAGCAAAGCCACCACCCCAGUUAUCGGGCGAAGAUGAAGAACACGAUGGAGUUGCAGGAGAAGGAGAUGAUGGUAAUUUCAACUUGAAGGGCUCAGCUCCUUCUCACUCACAUGGCGUCCAACCAUUGGGAAAUCUUUACGUCAGCAGCUCAUCUAUUAACUCGAGAGACACGGGCCUCGGUAAUUUGCAAUCCCUUACAGACGAGCUUAUUCUUGAGGUUCUUGGACUUUUGAGUGGGACGGACUUGGGCGUUUUAUCAACUGUAAGCAAAUCAUUCUAUGUUUUCUGCAACCAUGAGCCGCUCUGGAGGAACAUUGUCUUGGAGACGUGUAAAGAUGGGUUCUUGUACAAGGGUUCUUGGAGAAAUACUUUUGUUAGUGCUUAUAGAUAUUCGUUUGACAUUGCUGGUUCUGGAAUUAAAGUUAGGGACUUCUAUUCUGAUUACUUGUUUCAGAGUUGGCUCUGUGCUAAUCUUGAAAUGAAGCCUGAGUGGCUCGAGAGGGAUAACAUAGUGAGGAAAAAGGGAAUAUCUAUUGAGGAGUUUGUUUUGGAUUUUGAGGAGCCGAAUAAGCCAGUGCUGUUGGAAGGUUGUUUGGAUAGUUGGCCUGCUAUGGAGAAGUGGGAUAGGGAAUAUUUGAUUGAAGUUUGCAGGGAUGCUCUAUUCUCAGUCGGCCCAGUGGAAAUGAAGCUUGAGGACUACUUUAUGUACUCAGAUCAGGUGAAGGAGGAAAGGCCAUUGUAUCUUUUUGACCCAAAAUUUGCUGAUAAAGUUCCACAAUUGGGGUUGGAUUAUGAAGUUCCUGAAUACUUCAAUGAGGAUCUUUUUGGCGUUUUAGGCAAUGAGAGGCCAGAUUACCGAUGGAUUAUAAUUGGACCGGCAGGGUCUGGAUCGUCGUUCCACAUCGAUCCUAAUUCAACGUCUGCUUGGAAUGCGGUGAUUAGAGGUUCCAAGAAAUGGGUUUUGUUCCCUCCCGAUGUGGUGCCACCAGGGGUGCUCCCAAGCCCAGAUGGUGCAGAGGUUGCAUGCCCUGUUUCUAUAAUUGAGUGGUUUAUGAACUUCUAUAAUUCUACCAAAAGUUGGAAAAAGAGGCCCAUUGAGUGUGUUUGCAAGGCAGGAGAAGUGAUCUUUGUGCCUAAUGGAUGGUGGCAUUUGGUUUUUAACCUAGAAGAUUCUGUGGCCAUUACACAAAAUUUUGUUAGCAGGAGGAAUUUAUUGAACGUUUUGGAUUUUCUAAAGCGGCCUAAUGCAAGGACUCUUGUGUCCGGAACAAGAGAUAGAGUGAAUUUGCACGACAAAUUCAAGAAUGCCAUUGAGGCAUCUCUACCCGGAACCUUAGAUGAAUUGAGACGGAAAGCAGAGGAGAAAAGGCAGCAGCAGAAGAAACUUUCUUUCUGGGAGUCUGUAACCGAUUCCAAGGUGGGCGCUUUCAAGUUUUCCUUUUAGGACUGCAUCAAGCACCGAAAGGACACCGGAUUAGAAAAAUGCCGGAAUGUUAACAUUAGACCUUCACAUAUUUUUCAAUCUGUCACAUUUCUUGCAACCAUAGCAGAAAAUGUGAGUAACAGUUGAGAUUGGAGUCGCAUCCCAUUUAACUUCCAUCAUAGAUUAAUCAUUGAUUUACUUUAAGUUAUAUUACAUUUGCACUUCUGUUCAUUCCUAGCAUGAGGUUGCACAUUAUAUUAAAAUUUUGAAGUACAAAAUUUGUGACUGCUAUAUUUGUGCCAGUCAUUUGUAUACGAUGCAAAUUGCUUGUUUUAUUUCCAACGAACGUGUCGUGUUAGAAUAAACGAAUCAUAAAAUCGAGCUUGUGAUUUGGAUCUUCACCUAGAAUGGUAUGUAUUACAGAUA